AUGGCGUCCGAAAAGCCAAUCGUUCUCCACCUUGGAGACCCUAUCGAGUUCAAUAAGGAACUUUACGCUCAAAUAGCCUCACAAUUUACAGUGAUUCGCCCCUCGUUGGAAGAGCGACAACGUGAUGCCUUUCUUGCCGCACUGAAAGAGAAAAAAUGGGGUGAUUUCCAGGGUGUAUUCCGUCCAUUUUGGAAUACCGGAGGGGAGAUGGGUCGCUGGGAUGCCGAGUUAAUACCUUUGUUGCCGAAAUCACUGAUAGUGUAUGGGAGUGCUGGUGCUGGUUAUGACUGGAUGGACGUUGAUAUCUUGGCUGAACGAGGGAUCGUGUACUGCAAUGGAGCAUCCGCAUCCAGUGAAGCCGUAGCAGAUAUGGCCAUAUUUCAUAUUAUAUCUGUCUUCCGUAACAUGCAGUGGUCUAUGAAUGGUGCUCGCUCUGGCAAUCCGAAUCUGUGGUUGGAAGCACAUCAAAACUCUGCUGCUACCGCACACAAUCCGCGCACCCAGAUUUUGGGAAUCAUUGGCCUUGGGAACAUUGGAUAUACGAUCGCUCGUAAGGCAUACGCUUGCUUCGGCAUGAAGAUCUACUAUCAAGAUAUCUAUCGAAAAUCCACCGAGCAAGAAAAAGCCAUUGAUGCAUCCUUCUGUGAAAGCCUUGAUGAUUUGCUUGCCGUCGCAGAUUGUAUAGUCUUGGCCACACCGUUCGGAGGUUCUAAACUUAUCACAACAGAGACCUUGGCAAAGUUCAAAAGGGGUGCUAAAUUUGUCAACAUUGCUCGAGGUAAACUUGUUGAUGAAGAGGCUCUGGUGAACGCAUUGAAGACCGGUCAGCUGUCCGCUGCUGGUCUGGAUGUCCACGAAAACGAGCCACACGUAAACAAAGAACUCGCCCAGAUGCGAAAUGUGACACUCACUGCACAUACCGCGGGAGGUGCGAAGGAAACACAAAUCGGCUUCGAAAGAUUGUCAAUGGAGAAUGUCCAGCGCGUGUUGACUGGGAAUGAGGCACUCACUCCAGUCAACAAGCAUCUCUUCAAGAAUUAG